AUGGACCAGCAAGAUCAGAGUCAGUCUACAUAUCCCGAGUCUCCGGGAACACCACCUCGCCCACCGUACUCCCCGGUCACACCGGUUUUCGCCCAUCUUGCGCCGGUCACCUCUGACGAGCCAAGAAUUGUUCCGCCACCAGCAUCUCCCUCUCCGACAUCACCAAUCCACCACUCUCAAGAUACAUUCACAGGCUACGCAUCUCCUCCACCACCAGCCAAUCCCCCAGUAUUCAAACCUCAACCCCCUCCAGUACCAAUUUCUGAGAGCGAGAAUCCCGAUGCCAUUGCACUUCGAUCCGCCAUCUCUAUCCUGCAGAUGCAGAAGCAACAAAGUUUGCGCGAUAUUCAGAACUUGGAUCGCAUGAAGGAGGCCGCAGGCGCUGACCCGGAGGGCUUUGCGCGCGAUUUGGCUGCUGGACGGCUGAAAACAGAGGACCAUGGGGCAGUGAUUCAAUUUUCCGAAGACGAUGCAAUGGAAGACAGACCCGGAGACUCAAAACGCACAACCGCAGAUGGAUCGCCCGCAUCCAAUUUUGGUCACAUCCCCGCUCCGCAGAAUGUCGUGCGCAUGCCCCCAAUCAAUUGGGCCAAGUACCAGGUUGUUGGUGAACCACUCGAUCGCAUGCACGAAGAGCAACUAUACCGACCAACCCCAGGCCAACCCAGCCGCGAACGUGCACCAGAGCAUGUCCUCGCCUCACCCUACCGACCACUGGUCGACCAAUUGGAGACACCCUCCCGACUUGGUCGUCCCAGCAAGACCAAAAAGACGUGA